AUGUAAUGCCACUAGCGUAGGGAGGGGUUCACGGGGGUUGACACGCCCUAUUUUUGGUAAUUAAUUGAAUGAAUAACGAUGUUUGUUUCUUUUUACUCAGUUUUUAUUAUUGAUUUCGACAACCAAUUUCGGAUAGAAUCUAACUUUUCUAGUUUAGGUCGAUGUCUUGGACACACACUGGUUCGUUUUACACAACUAGUGGGAACGUGACGCGUGCAAACUACCACAAAAUAUUUUUCAAAAAUUAUCGAAACUUACGUUUUCUGGUUUCUUGAACCAAGCAAUUCAAARCUCAUGGUUGGGUUACCUGUGUCAGUCAAGACAAAGGGUGACCAUCUCACCCCAGACUCACAUUACGUCACAUACAAAACAUUUCGUAAUGUUGUGCCGAACAAUGACAAAAACACAUAUACAGCCAUCAGAUGAACAAGAACCACAUACAAAAUUCUGCUUAGAGUAUAUAGUGUCAUACGAUGGCAUUACUGCAGUACGGAUCUACGGGACAAACUUCGACGAUCAUUACUACGGGACCCACGCGGGACGAAUCGACAUCGACUCUCGGGACCCGGAGGUCACUCGCGGACGACCUCAAUCAGUUAGACGAAAACACUGAAGGGAAAGAAAGAAAUAGAGAUCCAAUCGAAAUGGGACAGAAAGUCGAUGGAACAACCAAGCCUAAAGAAAGUAGUAAUAGGGACGUCAAUAAUGGUCGUAUGAUGCAAUCGUCAUCCCGACAUACAGAUGACGUAAAUCAUCACGUGUUAUUUACAAAUGCCGUUCAAAUACACAAUGAGCACGGCUUUAAUAGUGAACUGGAGUCGGGGAAUUCACCACCUAGACGUAUAGAACGAGUAACGGAACCAUCAAUCCAUAAUGAUAAUCAAAAUAACGUUGAUGGUGAUGAGCGUGACUUGGCGGAUGCCGUGUCACGCGUUCGUAGCGUGACUAGCACCUCUGUUUGUACCCAUAGCGAUGCUGAAGAAUGUAACGAAAGCGAUUUCUCAAUAGCAAUGUCAUUGUCAACAGAUACUAUAACAUUUAGAAGGGGUUCUCGUACAGGGAGCUUUUCUAGUUAUUUACUUACACCACGGCGGAGAAGGAGGCGGAUUUCAAGACCAGGAGCGCUCGUAACUGAUUCUUAUGCGGAUGAAUGUAUAUGUUGUUGUUCGAUCUUAUAAAGGUUAACUACGACGAAGAUGGGAUAUUUUUUGGAUAACAUAUAAGGCUAUAUUCGUUACAUGAUUGAUCAGACUGCCUAAGGAAGGAAAAGGAACGGAAAGAAGAGAAAAGGGAAGGAAAGGAAUGGUAUAAUGGGAAUGUGAAUAGUGAUUAGCAAUGAGGAAGGAAAAAAGAAGGAUAGUGAGAAGGAAAAAGAUGCGGGUAUCGGAUGGGUAGAAUAGUGAGAAUAGAAAGAACUAAGUGAAGAAACUUCUUCAUCAUCUUUCAUCUAAAUUACCACAAUGCUUGCCUUCCAAUUCACAAAUGCGCGACUUAUAUUGCGCGCACAUGUAAAUAAAAGUAGCAAGCAGUAUAAAGUGUAUAUCUUCCCGAAAUAACAAAAAAAUCAAAAACUGAUUGUCAAAUUUAAUGUUGUUUCUGCAAUACAAGAACAAUAUUUUUGUUCCAUUCAAGGGKAUUUUAUACAUGAUUCUCGGGCAGAAAAUUAGGAAAGAUGUAAGAUUUCAAUUUACAGCAUGGACAUCUCUCCUCAAUGAUAUUAUAAGGUUUAUGAAA